AUGGCAACUUGUUACUGCGAUACUCGGCCCAUGUGCUGCGGCCAGACUGCCAGAGUAUUUGAGGCGGAGAACGAGGAAAACGAAAAAUCCGAGGCUUCGGCGGUGUUCCACGGCCAGGGGCAGGGGCCUAACGCUAAUCAAGUCGAUCCAUGUCUCCCAUCUUCUUCUCAAAACUUCCCAUAUAUUGAAUCCGAUGCUGAAGGUAGCAUCGUGCACUACGGCGCACUUAUCCCCGACCUCUUGCAAGAAGCAGCUGCCGUAAACUGGUGUAUCACAGACCACUGUCAAAAGCAUGCAUUUCUCCUGUUCCGACACUCUGAGCACCUCCGCACGCUUGCCAGCUUCUUAGAUAUUUCCCUAACGAUCCGCUCGAUUAUUUUGCCAUCUUCGUCGCAUACCUUUAUUACGGCUAGGCGGUUUCAACAUGUAAUGGCGCGGAACGUCUUUCCGACACGGAUGUUGGUUACGUCCAAACCUUUGGUUUGCCGCUCCGCUCCGAUGCCGCCAUGA